AUGGCGGUCCGCCCGGCGUUCCUGCAAGUGUUGCUCUCGCGGCGCGUCGUGCGGCGCGCCGAGGCGGAGCGGCUGCACGCGGCCGUCGCGCGCGCACUGAAUCAGGAGUCGAGUUUCGAGCACGAUAUCGAGGCCGCGAACGCGGACCUCGCACGGAUCAGCCUCGAAAUUCGCGCGUGCAACGACCCAAAGACCGGCGAGGCGUUCCUCCUGCUGGUGAAUACCAAGGGCGACGCGCUCGCCGAGAUCGCGACGCCGUACUCGGCGGUGGAGCUCGUGUAUAUCAAGUCUGUCAUCGAGGCGAUCGUCACGGCGCCCGACGCGCGCUUCGCCAUUCCCUCCACCGCCGCGCUGCAGCUCGCGCCGCAGGCGCAGCUCACCAAGCGCGCCGCGUCCGACUUGCUCCAGAACCUCGAGCAGCGCAGCUGGCUGCAGCUCUCGCGGACGACGGGGCACUAUACCCUGACGCUACGUGCGCUCAACGAGCUCGACGCGUACAUCCGCAACGAGUUUGAGGAGCACGUCCUGGAGUGCGCCGCGUGCUUUGCCCUCGUCACGCACGGCGAGCAGUGCGCGACAGACGGGUGCCGCGGCGCGCUGCACACCGCCUGCAAGCAGUGGCUGCAGGGGGGCAAGCGGCCGUGCCCGCUGUGCCAAGCGCCGUGGCACGCAACGUCCAUAGGGGAGGCGUAG